AUGGCGGCGCCGGAGGGCGGCUCUGCCGCGAUGCCCGCGGCUUGUCCCGCUCCGCCCGGUCCCUCGGCUCCCGGCUCCUGGAGCCGCUCCUUGGACCGAGCCCUGGAAGAAGCGGCGAUCAGCGGGACCCUCAGUUUGAGCGGCAGGAAGCUCCGGGACUAUCCGCGGGCCAGCGCCGCCAACCACGAUCUCAGCGACACCACCCAGGCUGACUUGUCCCGGAACAGGCUGGCGGAGCUGCCAGCAGAGGCCUGCCACUUUGUGUCCCUGGAGACUCUGAAUCUCUACCAGAACUGCAUUCGCUACAUCCCAGAGGCUGUUCUGAACUUACAGUCUCUAACAUUUCUAAAUAUCAGUCGAAACCAGCUUUCAACAUUGCCUGUACACCUCUGUAGUCUACCACUAAAAGUUUUGAUAGCAAGUAAUAAUAAGCUGGUUUCAAUACCUGAAGAAAUUGGACGGCUCAGACAGCUGACAGAGCUUGAUGUGAGCUGUAAUGAAAUCCAGACAAUACCUCCACAGAUUGGCAGUUUGGAGUCCUUGCGAGACCUAAAUGUCAGAAGAAAUAAUUUGGUGCGUUUACCUGAAGAGCUUGCUGAGUUGCCUUUGAUUCGAUUAGAUUUCUCCUGCAAUAAAAUAACAACAAUACCAGUUUGUUAUAGGAACCUCAGACAUCUUCAGUCCAUCAUGCUAGAAAACAACCCUCUCCAGUCCCCCCCUGCACAGAUAUGUAUAAAAGGAAAAAUUCAUAUAUUUAAAUACCUGAACAUAGAAGCAUGCAAGAUAGCUCCAGACUUGCCUGAUUAUGAUAGGAGACCCAUGGGAUUUGGAUCAUGCCAUGAGGAGCUCUAUUCCAGUCGUCCGUAUGGAGCACUCGAUUCUGGCUUCAAUAGUGUGGACAGCGGAGACAAAAGAUGGUCAGGGAAUGAACCAACAGAUGAGUUCUCAGAUCUCCCAUUACGUGUGGCAGAGUUCACCAAAGAGCAGAGACUGAGAAGAGAAAGUCAGUACCAAGAAAACAGAGGGAGUGCAGUUGUAAUUAAUGGUGGAGUGGAACACGAUCUCGAUCAGAUUGACUACAUUGACAGCUGUGCCACGGAGGAGGAGGAGGAGGAGGUGAGGCAGCCCAGGUGCCAGGACACAGACAGCCUCAGCUCCCAGUUCAUGGCCUACAUCGACCAGCGGCGCAUCUCCAACGAGAGCUCACCAGUAAAGCCUGGAUCCAUAAGAGACUUUCAGAGAACAGAGGAUUCAAGAAGACAUUUGCAUCAAAACAGGGAUACAGAUGAAUUACGAAGACCUGAAACUCUAAAUUUGAUGCAAGACAGAGAGCAUCAAAUACUAAGGAGUUAUGUGGACAGGACAGAGAGACCCCUGCCUGAUUCACCUUAUUUUCUCUCGCUAUCAAGUCACCACACCCAGGUGCCCGGCGCGGACUCGGAGCUGCAGCGCCGGCACAUCGAGCGCACGCGGCGCGAGGCACAGCUGGCAGCCCUGCAGUACGAGGAGAGGGUGAGAACCAAGCAGAUCCAGAGAGAAGCUGUCCUUGACUUUGUUAAGCAUAAAGCCUCCUUAAGUCCUCAGAAACAAAGUCCAAUGGAUAGUGAGUGUCCCUUUCCAUCCAGAAGGUCUCAGCAUACUGAUGAUAGUGCCUUGUUAGUGAAUGGCUUUGAGCCUCUCUUUGUGUUUGAGAUUGACAAUAACACCAAUACCAUUAAAAGGAGGCCAGGCACUCGCAAACAGUCACUCUCAGGGUUGAACCAAGAAAGCUGUGCUACUACCCUGCCUAGUGCCUCUACCUUCAGUCCUGUCAAGAGUGAUGACAGAUCUACCAUCUCCCCUGGCUCACCUACUGCUCAGACAGUCCACCUUUCCCCUCCAUAUCCUGGCCAUGCAGCCCCGCCUUCCUAUAGAAACCCUUCCCAGCGACCCGAGAGUUUCCUUUUCCGAACAGCUGUCAGGGAUGGAGCCAAGAAAGCUGUUGCUUCAUCCUCUACCUGUGCCUUGUCUCCUGCUAAUGAUUCUGCAGACCCUCGAGUGAGACAGAACUCCAAGCAGCGGGAGGAGGAGCUGGAGCUGAUAGAGCAGCUACGCAAGAACAUCGAGGCGCGGCUGAAGGUGUCCCUGCCCAGCGACCUCGGCGCGGCUCUCACCGACGGCGUCGUCCUGUGCCACCUGGCCAACCACGUGCGGCCCCGCUCUGUCCCCAGCAUCCACGUGCCCUCGCCUGCAGUUCCUAAACUUACAAUGGCAAAAUGCAGACGAAAUGUGGAGAAUUUCUUGGAAGCUUGCAGAAGGAUUGGAGUGCCUCAGGAGCAAUUAUGUUUGCCUCUGCAUAUUUUAGAAGAGAAGGGUUUGACACAGGUAGCUGUGACUGUGCAGGCGCUCCUGGAGCUGGCACCCCCAAAGCAGCAGCCCCUGCACCACUUGUCUGCUGUGUAAGGACCUCCGGGACCUUUUGGGUUACCUUGGCUAAGCAGAAGGACCUGAAGACUUUACUGCCCAUGCAGUGCAUCCAAACACACAGAGCUCUGUUCUAAGGAAAUGAGUUUCCAUGAUUCCUGACAGGAAUGUUUUACUUCAUUUCUCCAUUUUUUUUGGAGAUCACAACAGUUUCCAGGAACAUUUUUAUUGCCCCUUAUUUAAAAAAUGAGAGUACAUUGGGAGGAGGGCAGGGAAUCCUAGUGGCUGGCUGUUGGAGCCAGCUGUAGAAACGGACCUUGCAGGAUGAAGAAAUGGGUUUAGAGUCUGGAAAGCAAUUCCCGGGGGAAUUUGUAAAAAGGAAAAAAAAAAAAAGGGUGUUGCUGCAGUGGGCACACAGGGAAUUAAAUUAUUUCGUUAUCCGCAGGGUGCAAAGAAAUUGAGUUUCUUUGCCUCCAAAGAAUGGCUAUUUCUAUUAUAAUAUUUUUUUAAUUGCAUCACACAAUCUUAACCUGCAGUGUUUGAUAACAGGGUCGAACUUCACACAGCUGUCACUUGGCUUGGUAGGUCCUCAUCACUAAAAGUUGAAGAAAAAAAACACUUUAUUUUUCCCCAGUGGAAAAAUUACUGCAUGUUUUCUCUGCCAGAAACACCUUAGUAAAAGAUACUAAGUCAGAUCUGUUCAAAUGGGAUUAAUCCCAUCAGCAUUCUUGCUGGGUUCACUUUCUGUUUGGGUUUUAACAUGUCUUUAUCUGAACUCUUUUCCAACAGCAGUGGAGGGAGGUUCCCCUGUCCUCACAUCCCCUUCUGGUGGUUUUGUGGGAUCACCAGAAUCCCGUGCAUUUCCCUGCAGUGGGAACAGUGCCAGCCUGCCCUGCUGGUCAUUACAAGUCUCUCAGCUAACACAAUUACGAGGGGCUGAAGCAUCCCCUGCAGGCACAGCAUGGAUCGUGUUAAGAGCACAGUUCUCAAGUUCCCCAGGUGGGCUGGCUGUUGGCAGAGCAGCUCUGUGCUAAGGCAGCUCUGAAGGGUUAGACAAGGCUUUCAAUAAAGCUUUUUAUUAGUUGGGGUUUAUGUAGAGAGAGGUGCUGGUUUUACAGAACUGCUGUUACUUGAUUCCUCUUUCCGUAGUUCACAGUACAGAAGUGGGAGAGGCAGCUGACAAAUUUUGCAUUUUCCUGGAAAGCUGAUGUGCAAAAUAAAGACAGGUCUCUGUGCUCUGGUCCUAGUGACAAGGCCAAGCUCACUACCAGACCAAUUAACAAUUCUUUUCCCCCUUGCCCCCCCAAAAGGCCUCACAGAAUCAGUUUCCACCCAUGUGGUUCCUUUGUCCCUGAACAUUAUGCUACUAAUACAUGGUACAUGGUCUGAAAGCAACUCCAGGCAUCAGCCAUAUUCUGUCUGGGAUAUAUUUGAAGCAGAAUACACUGAGAGGAUUUUAUGCAGAUAAAGGAAGAAGAAAUGGAAACAAAAUAGCUAAAAGUCAUUUUUGUAGAAGUAAAACCUGCUGUGAGAGUGCCAAGGACUGGUCUUAGCUGCAUUUUCCCUUUUGUGUUGCAGUUUUGUUUCCAUUUUGUUUUGCUUCAUGUAUUUCUUUCAAGGGCUGUUGUGGUGAUUGCUGAAUCCCCUAUUUCUCAUAAUUAUUCCAGUUGCUUCUUACUGGCAUUGGUUGGUCACAUUUCAAGUGAAGAACACCUGGGAGGUGUUUAAGAGUGCCCAGCUGCAAAGAGAAACCUCCUCAUGCUGGGCAAAUGCAGCACCCUGUGCCCUGCAGGGAAUGGAGGUGCCAGGAACUCACAGUCCCCACAGGAAGAGCAGCUCCACACAGGCAUUCCCACCCCCUUAAGUGAUUUUUGUGUUUCACUUGAUGCCAUUGGUGAGGAACCUUGGUCAUCCUCACAGGGUUACACAGAGGUGUCUGAAGUGUCUGCUGCAGUUUGCUGGGAGGAAGAUGCUGCCACUCACAGGCAACACCACAGACUCGGUCAGAGUGUUCCUGCUGUGUUUGUCUCUGCACGUAAUUUGAGAGGGAGGGAGGCACUGACUUCAUCUUGGUGUCCAACAUUGGGUCACCUGUUGUUACAGGGACAGUUGCAUUUACCAGCACACCCAUCAUGGGCAGUUUAAAUACCCCUGUUUGAAGAAAACCAUUCCCUUCAUGAAUUGCAAGGGUGUGGUGAUUGCUCCAGCAUUUAAGGAAAGUGAAACUUAACAGUAUUCAGGUUGGUGGAGAUUUUGUCAUUUAAUUAACAGUAGUUUUUAAUGAGGUGGGGGCUUGAGUGUGGCCUGCAAGAAAGAGCCAUUUCCUAUUGCCAUGUGUGGCUCAUGGCCACCUGUGGCUGAGGCCAGGCAGGCAGAAGGUCCCUGGCACCAGGGACUUUGUUGUGAGCAACAUUCACUCUGGAGUUUCAGUGUAGGUAAUUGUGUUAGUUUGACAUUUGUAAUCUUAGGUUUUCAGGCUGGCAAGCACUAAACCUUGUCCAGAUGCUUUUUGGACAAAAAUCCAAACCUGAAGUUUCAUCAUGUGGUUUAUUUAAUGUGUUAUACCAAACCCACUUCAGUUCUCUCUUGCAAAAUGGGUUGGGAUUUUUCAGUGUAGUUAUGUGCAAUUUUUGUUGUAGCCCAUGAAAAGAGUAUUUGAAACAAAACAUGUAUAAAGUUCUAUUCUGUGUGUUAAAGCAAAGAAGAGAUGCUUUUUCCUCUUUGGGGCAUUUGUGCUGGAGGAUGUGGGAGGGAUCCACCUCAGUGUUCUGUGCUGCUGCUGUUCCUGCACUGACUCCAUGGUGCCACACUCCAUCCUCAAACCUGGCGAGCCCUGGGCACUGCCUGAGGCUCUGCAAGGUCCCACACUCCAGGUGGAGCAGCCCAGGCACUGGGGAGCCCCUGAUGGCACUGGGGGCCAGGGCAGAGCAGCUGGGGGUUCCCCUUGGAAGGAAAGGCUUUUGUAAAGGCCCUGCCCCCUGCUUAAAUCCACCAGGGACAACUCUGCACAGCACCCAGGCACCUCUCUUGUUCUUGGUAGCAGCAGGAUGGCAAACGGUAUUCUUUCCCCUUUAUGACUAUAAAUGGUUCUUUGAAAAACUGUUUUAGAAACAGAGGACUUGUAAGGUGAAUUUGGACAUCAGAAAAUUCUUUUGUAUAGAUAUUGUGAUGUUCUACAAAGUGAUCUAAUUUUGUUAUUUCUGAAAACAGUGUAAACGUGUAAGUAAUAGAGUAAAGGAUUUUAAAGCUUCAUCCCAUGCUGUAUGUCUGUAAAUACAUUCCAUCAUUUCUGUUACAUAUAAAUGUGUCUGAAUAUUGUAUAUUUUAAGUCGCCUGUAUUCUGCCAGUAGUGUGAACUUCUAGCA